AUGGGUCAAUGCACUUCUGGUGGUAAAAAGAUAUCUAUUAAAAAGGUGAUGAAAAAUACUCUCACUCAAUUUAUUGAUAAGACUGAAUACCUUGUAUAAUCUUUUGAACUCCUCACUGAUGCUUAUGGAAAAUUAAAAGAAGACAUUUUUGAAAUUAUCCAUCUUGGAAGCAACAAUAACAACGAAUAUUAAAAUUAUCAUUAUAUAGAAGAAAAUAUAUUAGAUUUGUACUAAUAAUAACACUAAUAAAAAAGCCAGAUUUAUGGGGCCACUGAAAAAUCAACUAUUGUUGUCAUCAUGAGUCUAAGCUCUUUACCUGAUCUCGUCAAUAAUGCUUAACUAGAUGAGAAGCAAUAGCUUGAACUUAUUCGUCUCAUUGAACGCUUCUAAGAAUGCGUGAAGUGUCUACGCGCAUUAAGAAGCAGCUGCUGUAAAGCUCUUUAGAGAUAAGAAAUUGGUUGGUAGAAUUAUUAAAUUGUUUAAUAGCCCUGCGCAUCUCCUAAGAAAUGCUCGAACCUCAAUGAAACAAAGAGCGAAAGAGUAAGCACAGGCUCUCCUGUCAAACUAAUGGGGUCUCCUUAAAAGCACUGCAAGAGCAGUCCAUUAGAAAAUUAAUACAAUUAUCCCUGCCAUAACAACUAUUCUCAUUAAAAAAAAGACAACUAUAUUAUCAAAAGAGAAAUCUGUGCACGCAAGUUACUUCUAAUAAUAGAAAGCAUAGAUAAACUCCAACAGUCUUAUGAUUUCGACUACAUCAUAAGCAUGGUUAAGGAAAUUAUUUUCAAAAAGUAUGGCUUUAAUUGCAAAUUUAACGAUGUUUUCAAGAAUUUAGAUGAAGGGGAAAUCGAAAAACAAUUUGCAGCAGCCAUAGCUUCAGAACAACAAAAAAAGCAAGAGCUUUUGAAGACAAUUGUUAAAGAUCUUUCAGAAAGUGAAAUACUUUGA